UCCAGGUGCAGCGGUGGGGACGGGAGUGUCCUAGCCCGGAGUCCCCCGGACAGGGCUUGGGGGGGGUGCGCCAUGGCCGAGUCCCAGCUGAGCUGCCUGGACGAGGCGCACGUGAACGAGAGGGUGACCGAGGCGCAGGCCGCCUUCUAUUACUGCGAGCGGCGGCGGGCCGCGCUGGAGGUGCUGCUGGGUGGAGGCGAGCAGGCCUACCGCGAGUGGGUCAAGAAGGAGCGGCUGCGGGACUUCCUCUCCAGCCAGGAGCUCCAGGCCCUCCGUGCCACCUGGAGCCCCUACGAAGAGCCCGUUCCCAACGCCGGUGCCAAGACCAAGGCCAAGGCCAAGGUCCCGGCCGAGCGCAGCGAGUCCCUGGCCUACUGGCCAGACCUCUCGGACACCGAAGUGCCCCCGCUGGACCUGGGGUGGACCGACUCCAGCUUCUACCGCGGCGUGAGCCGUGUCACGCUCUUCACCCACCCACCCAAAGAAGAGAAGGCGCCGCACCUGAAGCAGGUGGUCAGACAGAUGAUUCAGCAGGCCCAGAAGGUCAUUGCUGUUGUCAUGGAUAUUUUCACUGACGGGGAUAUAUUCCAAGACAUUGUAGAUGCUGCCUCUAAGCGCCGGGUCCCUGUAUACAUCAUCCUGGAUGAAGCAGGAGUGAAGUACUUUUUGGAAAUGUGUCAGGGCCUGGAGCUUGCUGACUUCCGAAUUCGGAACAUCCGUGUCCGCUCUGUGACAGGAGUUGGCUUCUACAUGCCCAUGGGGAAGAUCAAGGGGACUCUCUCAUCAAGGUUCCUAAUGGUGGAUGGGGACAAAGUAGCAACUGGAUCUUACAGCUUCACCUGGAGCUCCUCCUAUGUGGACAGGAAUCUUCUUUUGCUCCUGACAGGGCAGAACGUGGAGCCUUUUGACCUGGAGUUCCGGGAGCUGUAUGCCAUCUCUGAGGAAGUGAACUUGUACCAGCACCUGGGUCUGGCAGGCAGGCUGGGCCUCAACUACUCCUCCACUGUAGCUCGUAAACUUAUCAACCCCAAGUAUGCCUUAGUGGCCAACAGCCGCGCUCCUCCAGGAGAGCUGAUGCGCUGGGCGGCCCGACAACAGCGGGAGGCUGAUGGCAACGCGGAGGGACAGGAGGGCAGUGGCGGUGGUGAGUCCGCCCGGCGUCUGGAGAGCUUCCUGAAUGAUCUGGUUACAGUAGAACAGAUAUUGCCCACAGUGGAGCCCAUUCCCUCGAGAUUGCUGAGACCAAAGGAUGGCAGGACAGUCUCUCAGGUGCACGUAGACCUGAGGCACAAAUCCCGAGAGGCGCUUCCCCAGAAUGGCAAGGGAGAAGUUGCAAAUGGAGAGGCCAACCCAGCUAAGGAGGGCAGACGCUCGAGCAGCAGGCUCUUCAGCCGACGAGUAAAGAGGCCUGCAGUGCUGGUCAACUCCACCUCCACUGAGACUUUUGCUGACAUGGAGUUUCCUCUGGGGAAGAGGCCCAAUGAGGGUUCCAGUGCCAACAUACCAGGUAAAGCGAGUCCCAGGAUCACCAAGUCCAGCAACUGUGUGAUCUCCUGA